AGAGGCCUCAAGGAGGAGGACGGACUGUUUGGAGACGUUAUCGGACUCAAAAAUUUUCGCUGCCGGAAUUUAGAAACUCCGUUCAAGUCCGGAGCCAUUAUCAAAAAGCCGAUACCUUUUUCGUCGUCGUUCUUAUCUCUCUAUCUCUCUUUCUUUCUCUCUCUCCCUGGAAGUUUCUCAGAGUGAAGGGGAAAAGUUCAGAGGAGAUUUCUGUUCAGUUCCUGGUUUUAACGUAGAUUAGUUCAAUUUCGGCAUCAAGGUCACUCUUCAUACUUAUCUGAGGGAAUUAGGGUUUUUUCGGCGGUUUUUUUCUGGUGUUUGACUUGGAGAUCUCUGGAAUUUCUUGAUUUUUGAGAUAAUUAGGGGGAGUUUGCGUGAUGCUCACGCCUCAGAAAGUGUGGAAUAGGUGGUCUCUUGCGCCCCACAGGAGAGGGGCGGGAUCAGGAUCGGGCUCGGGUCUGGGUCCGGAUUCUAACGGGUCGAAUCCGGGAGAAGACGGGGCGGGUGUGAACGGCUCGGACAUGGCGACUCCUGUUCCGGGUCGGGUCGGAGAAAAUGGGAUCCGAUACGAUGACACGGGGACAUUGGUGGAGAAAGUUUCUCAGCUCGAAAAAGAGCUCUUUGAAUAUCAAUACAAUAUGGGUCUUCUGCUGAUCGAGAAAAAGGACUGCACUUCCAAAUACGAAGAACUGAAGCAUGAACUUGUAGAAGCAAACGAGUGCCGUCAGCGUGAACGCACAACACAUCUGAUUGCUGUAUCAGAUGUUGAGAAGCGGGAAGAGGGCCUGAGGAAAGCCUUGGGGGUUGAGAAACAAUGUGUACUGGAUCUUGAGAAGGCGCUCCAUGAACUACGCUCUGAAAAUGCUGUAAUUAAAUUUACAGCAGAUUCAAAGUUGGCUGAGGCAAAUGCACUGGUUACAAGUAUUGAAGAAAAAUCUCUUGAAAUUGAGAUGAAGUUGCAUUCUGCUGAUGCUAAGCUUGCUGAGGUUAGUAGAAAAAGUUCGGAGGUGGAGAGAAACUCAAAGGAACUGGAGUCUCGAGAAAAUUAUCUUCAAAGGGAUCGGUUAUCCCACAUUAACGAACGAGAAGCACAGGAGGCAUCUUUGUCGAAGCAGAGAGAAGACUUGCAUGAAUGGGAAAGGCAGUUGCAAGAGGGGGAAGAAAGAGUUGCUAAAGCUCAAUUGAUUGUCAAACAAAGGGAGGAGAGGGCUAAUGAAAAUGAUAAGAUCAUCAAGCAAAAGGAAAAAGAGCUUGAAGAGACUCAAAAGAAGAUUGAUGCUGCUAACCUUGCUUUGAAGAAGAAGGAAGAUGGCAUAAGCUCUAGGCAAAAAAAUGUUGCUUUGAGGGAGCAUGAAGCCGAUGCCCUGAAGAAGUCCUUAGAGACAAAAGAGCAAGAGCUACUUGCUCUGCAGCAGAAACUUGAUGCCAGAGAGAAGGCAGCAGUUCAGGAGCUUGUUGAUGAACACCAAACUAAAUUGGAUGCAAAACAGCGUGAAUUUGAGUUUGAAAUGGAAGAGAAAAGGAAAUCUGUGGAUGACGACUUGAGGAGCAAGGUUGUGGAGGUGGAGAAGAGGGAAGCUGAGUUGCACCACAUUGAGGAGAAAAUUGCAAGACGGGAACAGACUGUAGAUAAAAAACUGGAGAAGGUCAAAGAGAAAGAGAGAGAUUUUGAAUCAAGACUGAAAAACUUAAAAGAUAGAGAGAAGGCCCUCAAAAUGGAGGAAAAUGCAUUGGAAAAUGAGAAGAGAAAACUGUUUGACGACAGGGAAAAUCUUCUCAACCUCAAAGCUGAAGUUGAGAAGAUAAAGGCUGAAAAUGACGCACAGCUCGUAAAGAUGCGUGAAGAGAAGGAGGAUCUUAGAGUUACUGAGGUGGAGAGGUCCUCGUAUCUUCGCCUCCAAUCCGAAUUGAAGGAGCAGAUAGAAAAAUGUAGGUCUCAGCAGGUGCUGCUUUUGAAGGAGACUGAGGAUCUGAAGGCACAGAAAGAAGCUUUUGAGAAAGAAUGGGAAGAACUUGAUGAAAGGAAAGCUGAGAUCGAGAAGGAAUUGAAGAAUAUUAACGAUCAGAAGGAAAAACUUGAUAAAUAUAGACAGACAGAAGAAGAACGGCUGAGAAAAGAAAAACAGGCUGGAGAUGACUCCAUAAAAAGGGAGCUUGAAGCUCUUGAAGCGGCAAAGGAUUUGUUUGCAGCUACUAUGGAGCAUGAGCGUUCAGCGGUCUCUGAGAAAUCUGAGAGUGAAAGAAUCCAAUUGCUUCAUGAUUUUGAGAUGCGUAAGAGGACACUUGAGACUGAUAUGCAGCUCAAGCUGGAAGAAAGAGAGAGAGAGUUACAGGUGAAGGAAAAGUUAUUUGAGGAAGAAAGGGAAAGAGAAUUGAGCAAUAUCAAUUAUCUAAGAGAGGUAGCGAGAAGAGAGAUGGAGGACAUGAAGAUGGAAAGACUUAGGAUAGAGAAAGAAAAGGUAGAAGUUGAUUCUAGUAAAAAGCAUCUUGAAGAGCAACAGGUUGAAAUCCGAAAAGAUGUGGAUGACCUCGUUGCUUUAACCAAGAAACUGAAGGAACAGAGGGAACUAUUCAUUAAUGAGAGGAAUCGUUUUCUUUCAUUUGUUGAAAAUCAUAAGAACUGCAAGCAAUGUGGGGAAGUUUUGUUUGAACCUGUGCUUCCAGACUUCGAUAGUUUGAUCCCCAAUUUAUCAAGAUUGGACAACAAUCCUGACAGUGAAGCACCCAGUCAAAAAAUGAGGGAUGUAUCCCCUGCUCUUACCGGCUCAGGAUCUCCAGACCCUGGUGGGUCAGUGUCAUGGUUCCAGAGAUGUACUUCAAAGAUACUGAAAUUGUCACCGAUUAAAAGGAUGGAACUAUCUGCUACCCAGAAUUUGGCAGAUAACGUACCUAAAUCUGGUGAGGAAGGUCAUAUGGAAAGUAGGCCAUCAAACUUUACUCAGGCAGUGGCGGUCCAAUCUGAUACUGGCGUGAGAAAAGUUGAAGUGACUAAUGAUCACUCAGACAAUAAUCAUAGCAACAUUGACAGUAAGGCUCACGAAGUUGCUGAAGAUUCUGUGUCUAAUCUUGAUGUUGAUGGUCAGCAGCCUCGCAGGAGGGGCAAGGUGAGAGUUAGAAGAACACGCUCUGUCAAGGCUGUUGUCGAAGAUGCCAAAGCUAUCCUUGGAAAAUCUCUGGAAUUUAAAGAGCCCGAGGAUUCAAAUGCUAAUUGUGAGGACUCUGAAAAAGCAAAUGAUGAGUGCAGGAGUGGACAUGGUCAGAUUAAUAGAGGAACUUCAAGGAAUGGCCGAAAACGGACCCAUACUGAUUCGCUAAAAGCUUGUACUAGUGAGCAGGACGGUGACGAGAGUGAUGUGAAGUCUGAUAGUGUCACAGCAGGAGCAGUUCAGCAUGGAAAGAGGCGGCAAAAGGUUGUCACAGAACCACAAGGUGUGGGUGAGCAACGAUAUAAUCUCAGGAGACCUCGAAGGGGAGCUGGAGGAAACAAUCCGAGCAAGGAGAAUGAAGAGACUAGUGACAUCAGAAGGGACAAAGACAUAUUCUGUGCACAAACCUCUGCCUCAGCGUCAAUAGGAGUUGCUGUUAGUGAGAAUGGAGGAAGCACAAGCCUGGUGCGGCGAGAAGAGGUGGCAAACUCUCAGGAAACAGAUGCUGGUUCGCCUAAAAGAAUGGAGGUUGGGGUUGAAGAAGUGAACGAGACACCUGAAAGGGUCGGCGAAGAAGGAGAGGAGGAAGACGAAGAAGAAGAAGAAGAGACUGGGCAGCAUCCUGGUGAAGUGUCCAUAGGAAAGAAGCUGUGGACUUUCUUGACGACGUGACAUUGAUGUUUAGUUUGGUAGAUGCAGAAGAACCCAUCAUCAUCUCUUUCUGAUUUAUGACAAGAACUGUUUCUUGUAAUCUCUUAGUUAGUUUUGUCUUAGGAGGGUGUGCUGAGUUGUUCUAUUUGUGUAUCAUCAGAUUCAGAUUGAAGAAGAUUUGGUGCAAUUUCUGCUUCUGCAGGUACCGGAGGGUUUGUGUGUUGUACGGUGUGGUGUGGUGGGGUGUGAAUCUUGGUUCUUCUGAAUUCUUUUUUAUCCUUUCUUUCCAUA